UCCCACCCCCACCCCCACGCCCCUCUCGUGCGCGCGCUCGCGCGCGCGCUCCCCGGGAUCCCAAGCUGGAUACCGUCGAGAAGAUCGUCGAGGACUUCGCCUCGGACAUGGCCCUCAACCCCUUCUCCUCCGGCACCCGCCUGCGGGACAUGAUACGGGCGAUACGCGCGUGCAAGACGGCGGCGGAGGAGCGGGCGGUGGUGCGGCGGGAGUGCGCGGCGAUACGGGCGGCGAUCAGCGGGGACGGGCAGGACCUGCGGCACCGCAACAUGGCCAAGCUCAUGUUCAUCCACAUGCUCGGCUACCCCACCCACUUCGGCCAGAUGGAGUGCCUCAAGCUCAUCGCCGCCGUCGGAUACCCCGAGAAGCGGAUCGGCUACCUCGGCCUCAUGCUGCUCCUCGACGAGCGCCAGGAGGUCCUCAUGCUCGUCACCAACUCCCUCAAGCAGGAUCUCAACCACUCCAACCAGUUCAUCGUGGGGCUCGCGCUGUGCGCGCUCGGGAACAUCUGCUCUGCUGAGAUGGCCCGGGAUCUGGCGCCUGAAGUGGAGAGGCUCAUGCGAAGCAGGGAUGCUAAUACAAAGAAGAAGGCUGCUCUGUGCUCUGUGAGGAUUGUAAGAAAAGUCCCGGAUUUGGCGGAAAAUUUCAUGGGUCUUGCUGCAUCAUUACUGAAGGAAAAACACCAUGGGGUUUUGAUAUCUGCAGUUCAGCUCUGCACUGAAUUGUGUAAAGCCAGCAAAGAUGCAUUGGAGUACCUGAGAAAGAACUGCAUCGAAGGUCUGGUCCGGAUACUUAGAGAUGUCUCCAAUAGUUCAUAUGCUCCUGAGUAUGAUGUUGCUGGCAUUUCGGAUCCUUUCUUGCAUAUUCGAGUUCUUAAACUUAUGCGUAUGUUGGGUCAAGGCGAUGCAGAUUGCAGUGACUAUAUGAAUGACAUUCUUGCUCAGGUUGCAACAAAAACCGAGUCAAACAAGAAUGCUGGAAAUGCCAUCUUGUAUGAAUGUGUUGAGACUAUAAUGGGUAUUGAAGCUACUAGUGGUCUACGUGUCCUGGCUAUUAAUAUUCUGGGUAGAUUCUUGUCAAAUCGCGAUAACAAUAUAAGAUAUGUUGCUCUGAACAUACUUAUGAGGGCCAUUACAGUAGAUACACAAGCAGUACAGAGGCACAGGGUGACAAUAUUGGAGUGUGUAAAGGAUGCCGAUGCCUCCAUUCGCAAAAGGGCCCUGGAACUUGUUUAUUUGUUGGUCAAUGAUACCAAUGUAAAGCCUCUGACCAAAGAGCUCGUCGACUACUUGCAAGUAGCUGAUCCAGACUUCAAAGAAGAUCUCACAGCCAAGAUAUGCUCCAUAGCUGAAAAGUUUUCUCAAGAAAAGUUAUGGUAUCUUGAUCAGAUGUUCAAGGUUUUAUCCCUGGCUGGAAAUCAUGUGAAAGAUGAUGUGUGGCAUGCCCUUAUUGUUGUAAUAAGCAAUGCGUCCGAACUUCAAGGAUACUCAGUGAGAUCAUUAUACACGGCUUUACAAGCAUACAGUGAACAGGGAAGUUUAUUGAGAGUAGCUGUUUGGUGCAUUGGUGAAUAUGGUGAAAUGCUAGUGAACAAUGUCGGCAUGCUUGAAGCUGAGGGACCAAUCACGGUAACAGAAUCCGAUGCUGUUGAUGCUGUGGAGCUAGGUCUUAACCGUUAUGCUGCAGAUGUGACAACUAGGUCUAUGUGUCUAGUUGCUCUUUUGAAGCUCUCCUCACGGUUUCCAUCUAUGUCGGAGAGGAUAAAACAAAUAGUUGCCCAGAAUAAAGAGAAUAUGGUGCUUGAACUACAGCAAAGAUCAAUUGAAUUCGGUUCCAUUAUACAAAGACAUCAGUCUAUCAGGUCAUCUUUGCUUGAGCGUAUGCCUGUACUGGAUGAAGCUACUUAUCUUGUGAAGAGGGCUAGUGCUACACAAGCAACUAUUCCAGCAUAUAAGCCUGCAGCAGUCACUCCUGGAGGCCUUAAGCUUCCUAAUGGUGUAGCAAAACCUGCUGCAGCUCCAUUAGUUGAUUUGCUUGAUUUAAGUUCUGACGAUGCACCAGUCACUACCACUGCUUCUGCUACUGCAGCACCUAGUGAUUUUCUCCAAGACCUUUUGGGUAUUGGUGGGACAAAUUUAUCAACUGCAGGAGCACCUUCAUCUGCAAGCACAGAUAUUCUAAUGGAUCUUCUAUCCAUGGGAUCGUCUCCUUCACAGAAUGGUCUGCCAGCUCCAGGUUUGAGUUUUCCUGCCCAAGAGAAAAAACCCGUUUCUGCUACACCUCAAGUUGGUUCUCUUGUACCUGAACCUAUGGACCUACUCGGCAGUUUGUCAUCAAGUGCAUCUAUUUCUGGAACUAAAUCCACUAUCGCUGCACCUCAAGCUGUGGAUCUGCUCGAUAGUUUGUCACCAAGUACAUCCGUUUCUGGACUUGAAGAUACUCGUCCGUCAAUAACGGCUUUCCAGAGUGCAACUUUGAAGAUCACCUUUGAUAUCAGAAAACAGCCUGGAAAGCCACAGGAGACUACCAUCCAUGCCACUUUUACAAAUUUGACAUCUAGCAAUUAUACAGAUUUCAUUUUUCAGGCAGCUGUUCCAAAGUUCAUUCAAUUGCGACUGGAUCCAGCUAGUGGUAACAUUGUUCCAGCUAAUGGGAAGGGUUCAGUCACACAAGGUUUCAGUGUCACGAAUAAUCAGCAUGGGCAGAAACCACUUGCAAUGCGGAUCCGGAUGUCUUACAAAGUGAAUGGCGAGGACAGGUUGGAACAAGGCCAAGUCAGCAAUUUUCCACCUGGAGUAUAGUGCCAUUUGUGUGUAACCUAUGUUUUGUUGUGAUAGCUAUGUUUGUGCCCGGGGCAGAGGGGAGAUUCUUAUCUCUUGUUAUACUUUUUCGGCUCUUAUUCCCCAUUUGAGGGCACUUAAACAGAUAGUCCAGCUUGCCCAUCAUUGUCUCAAUAUAUAGUGUAUAGUAGUUCACACCAGUGUAAAAUCUUCGGAAUCAUCAUAAUGUAUUUUCAUGCAUGUGUAUUUCACAUUUAAAGAUAAUCAAAAUUAUUUGGCAUGCCCCCUUGAGUUAUCAAGCAAUAAAUGAAAAACUUGUCGCAA